UGCUGGCAGCGAACCGGAGUGCGUGCGUGUAGUGAUGGGCAGGUUGGCACGCACACACGUGUGGAAGCGAGGCUCGGCAGAGUUUCAAAGCCAGUCAGUGGACGAGUCGAAGAGCAAGACAGGGUUGGGUCUUGGGUUUCACAAUUCGACCGAGAGCGACGCGCGGCAGCAGGCGUUCGCUCAGAGAGUUCUAGAGGGCUUUUUGCUGUGGAAUUCAGACGCUUGUUGCGCUGGGUUGUUGUGGCGGCGUGGUGUUCCCCUGGUUUGAUCGGCUGGUGUCUUUGUAUUUCACUUCGCCUGGAAGUAACUAACUAGUUACACAUCUACACGGGCCAGGACGCGAAGUCUCAGAGGCUGAGGUUGGGUCUUGUCUGACCAGGCUGUGCGAUGGAGAGACCAGCGAGUCGCCGUCGCAAGCAGCGGUGGUCGCGACGAGAAGACGACGGCGACGACGACCACGGCGAUAAUGACGACGACAACAACAACAACAACAGCAGCAGCAAAAGCAAAAACAGGGACAGGCAGAAGAGGGGAGACAACGACAGCGGUGAUGGCGAUCACCAGCACCAGCAGCACACCGACGUCGCAGCGCUCCCUGCAAGAACAGAGCCGGCGACGGCGACGACGACGACGACGACGAACAGGACGGCGGCAUCCUCGCUUCUGCCAAUCAUCCUGUGUUUGGCUGCAGUCUUGGUAUUCUUGCGGCUUCUUGGGCCCUCUCGACCGCCCGCCGUUGCCGUCGAGCACGCUCAGAGCCAUGGCCGCAGCCAGCGCUUCGAGCUGCACCCAGAGAGGCAUAUCUACCGCCCGCCGGCCACGCUCUCGCUGCACUGGACCGUCACCUCCGACUAUCGCCGCCCCGAUGGCGUCAAGAAGCGUCUCUAUCUCGUCAACGGCGGCUUUCCCGGCCCAACAGUUGAAGCGCGUGCCGGUGACAGGCUCGUCAUCAACGUCACCAACGGCCUCGCCAACGAGGGCCUCUCCAUCCACUGGCAUGGCCUACAUAUGCGAGAUGCCAAUUCCAUGGAUGGCGUUGCCGGCAUCACCCAAUGUCCCAUCGAGCCCGGCGCCUCCUUUGUCUACGACUUCAAAGUCUCCGAAAACCAGACGGGGACCUUUUGGUACCAUUCGCACUCUAACCUGCAGCGCGGAGAUGGCUUGUACGGCGGGCUGAUCAUCCAUCGACCGGCUGCUCCCGCCAUUCGAGGCAUGCGAAGUCGCCAAAUCCAUACGGACAGUGUGAGAUAUGGCUACGAGAAGGAACAUCUCCUCCUGAUCGGCGACUGGUACCAUCGGCCCUCUGAAAAGGUGCUAGAAUGGUAUAUGCGCCCAGGCUCUUACGGCAACGAGCCAGUCCCUGACUCCCUCUUGGUAAAUGGUGCCGGCCAUUUUAACUGCUCGAUGGCUGUUCCUGCUCGUCCACUUGACUGUGUGACGAGGGGGUUGACGACCCCGGAGCUGCAUUUGGACUCUGGAGUAUCGCAUAGACUCAGAAUCGUCAAUACUGGUUCUCUCGCUGGCUUUACGCUACACUUCGCACAUGGCAUCGUUAGCGUCAUCCAAGUUGAUGGCGGUAUCGAUGUCGAGCCAACAAAGCGAAAGGCGAAAUCUGCUGGCAUAUUAUACCCCGGCCAACGUAUGGAUCUAGUCAUCCAACCUUCACGGAGGCGGAAAGCCUCCUCUUUUACCGUGGAACUCGAUCCUGAAUGCUUUAAUUACCCAAACCCAGCGCUCACUCGAGUGCAAACAUUUCCAAUGUUCGAUAUGUCAAAGGCAGGAACCCGCAGCCUCUUCAAAUUAAACCCUUGGACAUCAGCAGCAGACACACACAUCGACCUCGCCCAAGUCACAUCUACCAAAGCUUCAAUAUCUACCCUACCAGCCCAAGCAGAUAAGACGUUCGUCGUGUACACCAAGAUCUCGCGGAUGGCCAGAAACGAAAAUUCUCCCUUUGGGUACUUCAACCACACCUCCUGGCGACCACAAGCCAACCCGCCAUAUCCCCUGAUCGCCCUCGACCGUGAUAGCUGGGACGAAAACCAAUUUUCUUUGUCCACUGGCAGCAAACCGGUCUGGAUUGACUUUAUCGUCAACAACCUCGAUGAGGGUCCUCACCCGUUCCAUCUCCACGGCCACACGUUUUUCAUUCUCUCCCUUUUCGAAUCCACCAUCGGCUGGGGCUCGUACAACCCUCACCAACCACACCUCAAUCCCUCGCCACACCCACCGUACGACUUCUCCAAGGCUCUGGAACGGGAUACCGUGCAGAUUCCGCGCAGGGGCCACGCAGUGUUGAGACUGAGGGCGGACAAUCCCGGCGUGUGGCUGUUCCACUGCCAUAUCCUGUGGCACCUUGCGAGCGGGAUGGCGAUGUUACUCGAGGUUAUGAAUGAGAAGGGCGGAAAUGGUAUGACAGCGGGGAUGGAAGCUUGUCGGUAUGUUUACUGA